AGAGAGACAGAGAGCGGGAGAAAGCGGGCGCCCCAUUGCGAGCGGGACCUCCUUUCCCUCCUCUCCCUCCUUCUCCUCAGGGCGCCUGGGGCCUGGCGGGCGGGCUGGGCUGGGGGCGUGCGAGCCAAUGAGGGCCCGGACCCCGUCCCUCGCCGCCUCCGGAGCCGCCAGGAGCCCCCCCUGCCGACCCCCGGCUCCCCGAAAGGCAGGCCCGGCAGACCCAUGCGGCGCCUCCAGGAGAGAUUCCGCAGAUUCAUGAACCAUCCAGCCCCAGCGAACAGUCGUUACAAACCCACUUGCUAUGAACAUGCUGCUAACUGUUACACUCAUGCGUUUCUCAUUGUUCCAGCCAUUGUGGGUAGCACCCUUCUCCACCGACUCUCCGAUGAUCAAUGGGAAAAGAUAACAGCAUGGAUGUAUGGCAUCGGCCUGUGUGCCCUCUUCAUCGUUUCUACAGUGUUUCACAUAAUUUCCUGGAAAAAGAGUCAUUUAAGGACAAUGGAGCACUGUUUCCAUAUGUGUGACCGAGUGAUGAUCUAUAUCUUCAUUGCAGCAUCAUAUGCACCAUGGUUAAAUCUUCGUGAGCUUGGACCACUGGCAUCACAUAUGCGAUGGUUUAUCUGGCUCAUGGCUGCUGGAGGAGCCAUUUAUGUAUUUCUCUACCAUGAAAAGUACAAAAUUGUGGAGCUCUUCUUCUACCUAGCAAUGGGCUUUUCUCCUGCUCUAGUUGUGACCUCCAUGAACAACACCGAUGGACUACAAGAAGUUGCCUGGGGAGGUCUCAUUUACUGCAUGGGGGUGAUUUUCUUCAAAUGUGAUGGGGUCAUUCCCUUCGCCCAUGCCAUCUGGCACCUGUUCGUUGCCACAGCUGCUGCAGUUCACUACUACGCUAUCUGGAAGUAUCUUUACAAGAGCCCUGCCGACAUCAUCCGUCACUUGUGAUAUUAAACACUCACAGACACACACACACACCUGUAUCCUGCACUAUGCCUCCGACUCAGUAUUACUCAUGUAAAAGAAAUCCUGAGGAAGAGGGGGGAAAUGUUGCACAGGGAGAAAAGCACUGACUUUGUUUUCUGAACACAUUUACUGUGAACUGAAAUGACAAAAACAUGUGUCCUAGAAUUACUGUUUGUAUAUCAAGUGCUUGGCACACAGUUCUCCAAGCACUUUUCCUCGAGCAACAAUUAUUGGAAUAAAUAGGACCAAUGCAAGCAGAGCAUUACACAGCUCCUAUUCAUUUCAGUCUGUCUUGCACAGAAACAUUUCCUUCUUGUAUUAUAUCCACUAAGAAAGUGAAGGCUGUAUUCAGCAUGCCUAGCUUUGAAUUGUGGUUCAAACCAUCAUGCUGCAUUAUCAAUAAUCCAUUCCACAUUAACAGGGAAAACAGUGUAAAAAAUUGGCUAGUGGCCUGAUGUUUACAAAUUCUUUGGUUUUUUUUUUAAAAAAAGAAAUGUAUUUAAUGAGUUUCAUUUCUGCAACUUCAAAUGACAUAAACUUUUUAAAUGACAGUUUUGAAUUUUGAAAGUUGGUGUAAAGCAAAGGCUUGGUUCCUUUUUAAAAAAAAUAGUUGCUUUCUAUCACUUUUUUCACACACUAUUUAAUAAAAUGAAGAUCGUGGAUAAUGUUUUGCUUUCCUCACCACCCCCUUGCUGUGCUGCUGUGACUUUUAUAUAUAUAUAUAUAUAAACAGAAUAGUUUUUUAACAGUAUUUUAAAAGUAUACGCAGCUGCUGUUGUGCAGCUGUGCCUGUAGUGAAACUUUGCAAGAGAGAGUUACAUUCCACUUACUGUCUUGACGGAUAUACCUCUUUCAAAGGUUUUUGUGAAAACUGUGGUCGAUAAUGAUGAAUUUCACAAUUGGCUUGGCUAAGCUUUAACCUGUUAUCCUAAACAGUAAACUGAAUUGCCUAAUCUAGGUUUCUUUAAGCCAAUGGUUCUCAACCUGUGAGUCCCCAGGUGUUUUGGACUACAACUCCCAGAAAUCCCAGCCAGUUUACCAGCUGUUAGGAUUUCUGGGAGUUGAAGGCUAAAACAUCUGGGGAUCCACCAGCUGAGAACCAAUGAUUUAAGGGCACAUGCAAUGCUAGAUAACACCUGAAUCCAUCACACAGUGCCAUUUCUAAAGGCAGUUGCAUGUGUUGAUGGGAAAAGCACUCGAGAAAUGUUGGCUGUUGUCAUUCUUGUGGCCAGGAACGAACAGUUGCAAGAUCUAAACUACUCUCAAGCAGCAGUAAUGGUGUGCAAGACACUUUGGUGCUCAAGUAAUCCUAACAGCACAAUCCUAGGCAUGUUUACUCAGAAAUAAGUCUCCUUUUUGUGGGGCUUACUCCCUAGUUCAUAUGUUUAGGAUUGCGUCCCUGCAGUGUUAAAGAGGUCUGGUUUUGGAAAAUGAUUCCUGUUGGCUGUAGCCUUGCUACUCCUAUCAUUUCUGAGAACGUAGCCUAUAACAGUUGCUGAUAACCUUUGAGUAUUAAUAGUUAGGUUUAUCAUACACCCAAAUGGCCUUUUCAGGGAGGGAAACUUAAAGAACUUGAGAGGUCUCAUCAGUCUGGGACUUAAAAGUAGUAAAACUGGGCUGUAGAUGUGCUGCUCCCUUAGCAUCUCAGACAAUGAAAUGCUGUAGCAAUUUGAUUGUAGAAAAUGUGCAUUAAAUAACCAGAUGUUAGACUCCUCAUUGUAUUGAUUGGUGUCCAGUUACUGUAGCAUGUCCCACUGUACUAUGAAUGUCUUAUAUUAAGAUUGAAUUUAUGCUUUUUCUAACUUGCUCUUUUUCAUACCAGUGUUUUGAAAACUAAAAUCAAACAUGUUGCCUUUUUCAGAUUUUAUUCUGGAUAUUUUGCCUGUCACAAAAAUAGAUCUAUACAAUAGAGGUGUAGAGGGAGAUACCCCUAGAAAUAUUUAACAUUAUCUAGACUUGAAAGUGGGUUGUUUAUAUCUUCGGAGUGGGUGCAUUUGUAUAUGAUGCAGGAAGGGAGAAAUGUUCUGAUGAGACUAGAUCGGUGGUUCUCAAGCUGUGGGUCCCCAGAUGUUUUGGCCUUCAACUCCCAGAAAUCCUAACAGCUGGUGAACUGGCUGAGAUUUCUGGGCGUUGUAGGCCGAAACACCUGGGAACCCACAGGUUGAGAACCACUGGACUUAGAGCAUCACACCCUGACUUCCAUAUAGUAUUAGCUGAUGACCCGACAUCUGUCCCUCAUCAGAAACAUUUUUAAGCUUUCCAGAACUCAACAACAGUACUGCGCAAAGUGAGGGCCCCUGAGCCAUUGCCUCCUGCUCCCUGGCAAGUUUCCAGGAAUGAAACACUUUUAGCCAAUGGGCACAAAUAUGGUGCUGGUCCAUGGCAUAUUGGGUGACAGGGGGAUGUCAGUCUCCCACAUCAAAUAACAUGAGAAGCAUGGCUUAGGAUACACACAGAUCUCUGGAGAUCUCUGUGUCACUUGUAUCUGAAUACACAAUGGCAAAGAAUGCAGGCGCUCACAUGACUAUAAUUCCUGCAUAAGUAUUGCAAUGCCUGGUCUGGGGCAAUUGAGAUUUAUUUAAUUGAAUAAACGAAUAGAAUAAGAAAUAGGUUACACUUGGCAGUCUUGGAACAUCUGAAUGCCUCGGUCAUCUUUGUUGUCUCUUUCCCCUGCUCACUUUUUAAAAACAACGAACAUGUCUGGCUUUGAAUAUAUUCUCUUUUUUUCUGUGUUCUUGUAUGCUGUUCCAGUCCAGAACUUAGUGGAAGACCACUAAGAUAUAUGUAAAGCUUCCUGCUUUUGUCAGAAUUUAUGAAACUUGCUCCAAUUAAUUCUGCUACUUUUAUGGUGAUUUAUCAUGGUCUUUUUAAUGUGUUUGUUUAUAAAAGUGAAAGGUGUUUUGUUUUUUUAAAUAAAAAAACCUAAACUCGCCAAAAAUAAUUGUAAUUCAGUCUAGUCCCAAAGGUAUCAAUGUAUUAGAUUAAUGCAAAUAAACAUUUUGUGCAAUUUGGA